AUGCAGAGCCUCCGCCUCCCGAUCCGUCUGGAUCCGACCUCGAGGCUACGAGGCAUGGCCACGCCGCUCGCUCGUGCGGCGCUCCCGCGGGCCCUACCCCUACUUUGCCCAGCUCCCGCCGUCCGGUUGGCCUCGCGCGGCCGUUUCCGUGCCACGGCGGCCAGCGCCGAAGGCGCGGCUAGGCCGGUGCUCCGCACCUGCAAGAACUGCAAGCAGCAGUACGACCCGUCGGUGAACCACCCCUCCGCUUGCCGCUACCACACCGCCCACUUCGGAGGUGAGACAAACAUCCACAAUCCCAGUAACUCCCGUGGCCUAAUGUUCUGA